ACAUGCAGCUGGAAGCGGCAGCGGGGGCGGGGGCUGGCCCGGCCCGGGCUGGGGGGGCUGCUCCGCCCGGCCCUGAUUUGCUGCUGUGCUCCGAGAUUGACAAACUCCUGCCUCGCGUUUAAAAGAAGGGGGGAAAAAAGGGCGGUGUGGGGAGAGAAGGGAAAAAAAAAAAACCAAAAAAAAAAAAAAAAAAAAAACCAACUUUCCGGGAGCGAGGCAGGGCCGGAGCCGAGCCCCCGCACCCUCCGCCCGCCCCAUGGCUUUAUAAAGGGCUGCUCCCGGGGGGGGGGUGCCGGGGGGGCUGAGCGCCUGCUCUGCGCUUCUGCACACAGCUUGGAUUCCUUUUAUUAUUCCUUUUUAAUUACUUUAUUUCGAUUUUUAAUUUUUUUUAAUCUCCCCCCCCCCCCCCCACGCCUCGUGUUGUCCCGAGCUGGUGCCCUUUUAUUUUUUUUUUUUUUUGAAAAUUUUUUUUUUUUUUUGGUGGGGGGAGCAUGGAUACGCACACGCGGUGGAAAAGGCGCAGUUGGAUACGGAGCUGCUCGGUGCCCGCUGCUCUGGUGUUGCUGGGUGCUCUGUCCCUCGGCCGGGCAGCUGAACCUGCAGACCUCUUGAAGGUGUUAGAUUUUCAUAAUUUACCUGAUGGUAUCACAAAAACCACGGGGUUUUGCACAAGCAGAAGAUCUUCAAAAGAAGCAGAUGUUGCUUACAGAGUAACAAAAGAUGCUCAGCUCAGUGCCCCGACAAAGCAGCUGUAUCCUGCUUCCCCCUUCCCAGAGGACUUCUCCAUUCUAACCACUGUAAAAGCGAAGAAAGGAGGUCAGUCCUUCUUGAUCUCAAUUUACAAUGAGCAAGGGAUCCAGCAAAUUGGUGUGGAGUUGGGUAGAUCUCCUGUAUUCCUGUAUGAAGACCAUACAGGAAAGCCAGGCCCAGAAGACUAUCCUCUCUUUAGAGGCAUUAACCUAGCAGAUGGCAAGUGGCACCGAGUGGCUCUGAGCGUGCAGAAGAAAAACGUCACUUUGGUUCUGGACUGUAAAAAGAAAAUCACCAAGUUCCUGGACCGGAGCGAGCAUCCCAUCAUCGACGUCAACGGCAUCAUCGUGUUCGGCACCAGGAUUUUGGAUGAGGAGGUCUUUGAGGGUGACAUCCAGCAGCUCCUGAUCGUGGCGGACCCGCGGGCAGCCCUGGAGUACUGUGAACACUACAGCCCCGACUGUGACACUGCCAUCCCCGACUCCCCCCAGUCCCAGGACCCCAACCAGGAUGAAUACUACACGGAUGGGGAGGGAGAAGGUGACACUUACUACUACGAGUACCCCUACUACGAGGACGUGGAUGAAGCUGUCAAACCAGAAGCCCCCACCACCAAACCCAACCCUCCCGAGGUGGCUGCUGGAGAGAGACCCGAAACCAAGCAGGAUUAUCCAGCUCCCACAGCACCCCCUGAGACAGGGAACCCCGGGAAGCAGCCCAAGGAGGAUGGAGCAGUGGAUGAUCCCCUGGUUGAUGAGUACAACUACGAGACCAUCAAUGAGGAGUAUUUUACCCCAAUGCCCUACGAGGAUCUCAACUACAACGAGGAAAUUGAUCCUCAGCGUGGCCUCACUGAAAAUGCAGUGGAAGCUGAACUCCCCACGAGCACUGUCGUCACCUACAAUGAGACUGACGCUGCUCAAGGAGGGGACGACCUGGAUAAAGAUUUCAUGGAGGAAACCAUAAAGGAAUAUGAUGGGAAUUAUUAUGACAAUUAUUACGACAGAACAGCCUCUCCUGACAUCGGCCCUGGCAUGCCAGCCAACCAGGACACCAUCUAUGAAGGGAUCGGUGGCCCCCGGGGUGAGAAGGGGCAGAAGGGGGAACCUGCCAUUAUUGAGCCGGGAAUGCUGGUGGAAGGCCCCCCUGGUCCCGAAGGCCCAGCAGGCCUCCCAGGACCUCCAGGACCAACAGGACCUGUGGGCUUAAUGGGUGACCCAGGGGAGAGGGGCCCCCCUGGACGCCCAGGUCUCCCAGGAGCAGAUGGAUUGCCAGGACCACCAGGGACAAUGCUGAUGUUGCCUUUCCGCUUCAGCGGAGGAGGAGAUGCUGGCUCCAAGGGACCCAUGGUGUCAGCCCAGGAGGCACAAGCCCAGGCGAUCCUGCAGCAGGCCAGGCUGGCUCUGAGGGGACCUGCGGGACCCAUGGGACUGACGGGGCGGCCAGGCCCGAUGGGACCCCCGGGCAGUGGAGGACUGAAGGGAGAAGCUGGAGAAAUGGGACCUCAGGGUCCACGAGGCAUCCAAGGUCCUCCUGGUCCAGCAGGAAAGCCAGGACGCAGGGGACGAGCUGGCAGUGACGGUGCCCGGGGAAUGCCAGGCCAGACAGGACCAAAGGGUGACCGAGGCUUUGAUGGCUUGGCUGGUUUGCCUGGUGAGAAGGGAAACAGGGGUGAGCCAGGCCCCCACGGCCCCCCAGGGGCUCCUGGAGAGGAUGGGGAGAGGGGAGAUGAUGGAGAAGUUGGACCCAGAGGUCUCCCUGGAGAACCUGGACCCCGAGGACUGCUGGGCCCCAAAGGACCCCCAGGACCCCCGGGACCACCGGGUGUGGCUGGCAUGGAUGGACAAACAGGUCCCAAAGGGAAUGUGGGCCCUCAGGGAGAGCCAGGGCCCCCAGGACAGCAGGGGAACCCAGGGGCUCAGGGUCUUCCAGGCCCACAAGGUGCCAUCGGUCCCCCAGGAGAGAAAGGCCCUCUGGGCAAACCUGGUCUCCCUGGCAUGCCUGGAGCUGAUGGGCCCCCGGGUCAUCCUGGCAAGGAAGGUCCUCCUGGAGAGAAGGGCAGUCAGGGUCCCCCAGGUCCUCAGGGCCCCAUUGGUUAUCCAGGACCACGUGGAGUCAAGGGAGCAGAUGGAGUUCGUGGGUUGAAAGGCACCAAGGGAGAAAAGGGUGAAGAUGGUUUCCCUGGCUUCAAAGGUGACAUGGGCAUCAAAGGAGAUCGGGGGGAAAUUGGCCCCCCUGGCCCUCGGGGUGAGGAUGGACCCGAAGGUCCCAAAGGUCGCUCUGGCCCCAAUGGAGAUCCAGGUCCUCUUGGACCUGCAGGAGAGAAGGGAAAACUCGGCGUGCCAGGAUUGCCUGGAUACCCGGGCAGGCAGGGCCCGAAGGGCUCCAUCGGCUUCCCAGGAUUUCCAGGAGCCAACGGGGAGAAGGGCACACGGGGCACUCCUGGCAAACCAGGUCCGAGGGGGCAGCGCGGUCCGACGGGUCCACGUGGGGAAAGAGGCCCCAGGGGAAGCACUGGGAAACCUGGCCCAAAGGGCAACUCUGGUGGUGAUGGCCCCCCUGGUCCUCCUGGAGAAAGGGGACCACCAGGGCCUCAAGGACCAACUGGAUUUCCUGGACCAAAAGGCCCCCCUGGUCCUCCUGGGAAGGAUGGAUUACCUGGGCACCCUGGACAGAGAGGAGAAACUGGUUUCCAAGGCAAGACUGGCCCUCCAGGCCCCCCUGGUGUUGUAGGUCCUCAGGGUCCAACUGGUGAGACUGGACCCAUGGGUGAGCGGGGCCACCCAGGUCCUCCAGGACCCCCAGGUGAACAAGGUCUUCCUGGCCUCACUGGAAAAGAAGGGACCAAGGGGGAUCCUGGUCCUGCUGGCCUCCCAGGGAAGGACGGUCCCCCCGGGCUGAGAGGAUUCCCUGGAGAACGAGGCCUCCCCGGCCCCAUUGGUUCUCCAGGGCUGAAAGGCAACGAAGGUCCCCCAGGUCCACCAGGACCAGCCGGCUCUCCUGGGGAGCGUGGCCCUGCAGGAUCAGCUGGCCCUAUAGGAUUGCCAGGGAGACCUGGCCCUCAGGGACCUCCAGGACCUGCAGGUGAAAAGGGAGCUCCAGGGGAGAAGGGUCCCCAAGGACCAGCUGGCCGGGAUGGCAUCCAGGGCCCCGUGGGACUGCCAGGCCCAGCAGGUCCUGUUGGGCCUCCAGGAGAGGAUGGAGACAAGGGUGAGAUCGGGGAGCCUGGACAGAAGGGCAGCAAAGGUGACAAAGGGGAGCAGGGUCCCCCAGGCCCCACUGGUCCCCAGGGUCCAAUUGGUCAGCCUGGCCCAGCUGGAGCUGAUGGAGAGCCUGGCCCCCGAGGCCAGCAGGGUCUCUUUGGUCAGAAAGGUGACGAAGGACCCCGAGGUUUCCCCGGUCCCCCCGGCCCUGUGGGCUUGCAGGGCCUGCCUGGACCACCUGGGGAGAAGGGAGAAACGGGUGACGUUGGGCAGAUGGGUCCACCAGGCCCACCGGGACCCAGAGGUCCAUCUGGGCCACCAGGAGCAGAUGGUCCCCAGGGUCCUCCUGGGGGAAUAGGAAAUCCUGGUGCAGUAGGAGAGAAGGGUGAACCUGGGGAAUCUGGUGAGCCUGGUCUCCCCGGUGAGGUUGGCCUGCCGGGCCCUAAAGGUGAAAGAGGUGAAAAGGGGGAAGCAGGUCCCUCUGGUGCUGCUGGUCCUCCUGGCCCCAAAGGCCCACCAGGUGAUGAUGGCCCCAAAGGCAGCCCUGGCCCAGUUGGUUUCCCUGGUGACCCUGGUCCUCCUGGAGAGCCUGGCCCAGCUGGUCAAGAUGGUCCCCCUGGUGACAAAGGUGAUGAUGGUGAACCUGGACAGACUGGUUCCCCUGGGCCCACGGGAGAGCCAGGCCCCUCCGGACCCCCUGGCAAAAGGGGCCCUCCUGGUCCAGCUGGUCCUGAAGGAAGGCAGGGAGAGAAAGGAGCCAAGGGGGAAGCUGGUUUGGAAGGACCUCCUGGGAAGACUGGACCCAUUGGACCCCAGGGUGCUCCAGGGAAGCCCGGCCCCGAUGGCCUCCGUGGGAUUCCUGGUCCAGUUGGUGAACAAGGUCUCCCGGGAUCUCCUGGCCCAGAUGGUCCUCCAGGCCCAAUGGGCCCUCCGGGUUUGCCUGGUCUGAAAGGAGACUCUGGUCCUAAAGGAGAGAAGGGUCACCCAGGUUUAAUUGGUCUUAUUGGACCGCCAGGAGAGCAGGGAGAAAAGGGUGACAGAGGUCUCCCAGGCCCCCAGGGCUCAGCAGGACCCAAAGGAGAGCAGGGAAUCACAGGUCCUUCUGGACCCAUCGGACCUCCAGGGCCCCCAGGAUUGCCGGGUCCACCUGGUCCCAAAGGUGCUAAAGGCUCAUCAGGCCCCACAGGUCCAAAGGGUGAAUCAGGUCUUCCUGGACCCCCAGGACCUCCUGGUCCUCCUGGAGAAGUCAUCCAGCCCCUACCCAUCCAGGCUGCCAAGAGGACCAGGAGGAACAUUGAUGCCAGCCAGCUGCUGGACGAAGGCAACACCGACAAUUACAUGGACUAUGCUGAUGGCAUGGAGGAGAUUUUUGGCUCCCUGAAUUCCUUGAAACUGGAAAUCGAGCAGAUGAAGCAUCCCUUGGGCACUCAGCACAACCCAGCACGCACCUGCAAGGACCUGCAGCUCUGCCACCCUGAUUUCCCAGAUGGUGAAUACUGGGUUGAUCCCAACCAAGGGUGUUCCAGGGACUCUUUCAAAGUUUACUGUAAUUUCACAGCUGGUGGAGAGACCUGCAUCUUCCCUGAUAAGAAAUCUGAAGGAAGUAAAAUGGCUCGUUGGCCCAAAGAACAGCCUUCCACAUGGUAUAGUCAAUACAAGCGGGGGUCCUUGCUCUCCUACGUGGACUCGGAUGGGAACCCCAUCGGGGUGGUGCAGAUGACCUUCCUGCGUCUGCUGAGCGCCUCUGCCCGCCAGAACAUCACCUACAACUGCUACCAGUCGGUGGCCUGGCACGAUGCCACCACCAACAGCUAUGACAAGGCCAUCCGCUUCCUGGGCUCCAACGACGAGGAGAUGUCCUACGACAACAACCCCUACAUCCGACCUGCCCUCGACGGCUGCGCGGCAAGGAAGGGCUACCAGAAAACCAUCCUGGAAAUCAACACGCCCAAAGUGGAGCAGGUCCCCAUAGUCGACAUCAUGUUCAAUGACUUCGGAGAAGCGGCACAGAAAUUUGGAUUCGAGGUGGGACCAGCUUGCUUCCUGGGCUAAAAGAGCCACCUGAACCUAGUCUCCAAAUGAGCAACCUCGUAACCUCAUUGCGCCAUUUAAUUAAAAACAAAACAAAAAAAAAGUGAAAAAAAGAAAAAAAAAAAAGGAGAGAAAAAAAAAGAAUUCCUCGUCACGUGCACGGUCUGAAACUGGACAGCGAUGGGUUAUUAUUAUUUUUUUUUUCCCCUCCCCACCUAUUUUGUCGUGCCCCUGGUUUUGCCCCCAGCCCCUCUGUGCCCCCUCAGCCGUUCCCAGGAUGGAUGUGGAAUCUCAUGACCAGCAGCCACACACGGAGACCUGGCCCUGUCCCUGCUGCCACCGCUGCUGCCCCGCAGCCACCGAGCCGAGCCCACCUCCAGCAAACUCCUCCUUCCUCCUCCUCUUCUUCUUCUCGCCAGGAAGCUUUUGUUUGUUCCUAAGGAAAUAAAAAAAAAAAAAUUAAAAAAAAAGGAAAAAACUUGAAGUUCCUCGUUGAAGUCCCAGCAGUCCUGGAUCUGAAGCUCCUCAGAGGUUUUUUUUGCCUUCCACGAGGUUUGGAUCAGCUCCAGCAAGGAGAAGCCAUGGCCAAUUCCAGAAUUUUCCAUGUUUCCUCCACUGAGUUUGCCUCAUUCCACGUUUUCCAAAGCGCUGACUCAAGGUCACACUGGGCAUCUCUUUGCCAGUGUCUUAAAGGUGCUUCUAUUUUUGUACGUUUGUGAGUAAAUAUUUGUGUCGUGUUUUUAUUUGAAAUGUUGGAAUGUUUCUGCCUUCAAACCAUGCAAAUGACCUUGUCUGUAUUAAAGCCACCCCAUCCCAGCCAAGCUCCCAGCUGGGAAUGAAGACA